AUGGCUUCUAAGAAAGAUGCAAGUGUCGGUUGUGGUGUAAAGCGUAAACACCAGUCGAUAUCGAUAAAAGAUAAGGUAGAACUAUUGCAAAAACUGGAAAGUGGCGUUUCAAUACGAAAACUAUGCAAUAUGUAUGGCAUCGGUUCAUCAACUGUUUACGAUAUAAAGAAGCAGAGAGAGAAACUAUUUAAAUUCUAUAUAGACAGUGGUUGCAAGAAGCAGAUGGGUGUAAGAAAAACUAUGAAAGGUGUUAAAAGUAUUGAACAUGAUCGAGCAAUGAAGGAUUGGAUUCAAAAACGUCGGCUUCAUGGAGAGGAAUUAACAAGUAAUAUGUUAAUGGAACAGGCUAAGAUUUUCCAUCGUCAACUUAAUUUAGAUUAUGAAUGUGAUUAUAGUGAAGGAUGGCUUCAAAGGUUUAAGAGACGUCAGGGGAUUUCCUUACAGAAAUUGUCUACGGAUAAACGGUUUGCGAAGGAAGGAACUGUCGAGUAUAUUCAGGAAUUUUCUAAAUUUAUAACUCGCGAGUAUCUUACCCCCGAACAAGUGUAUAAUGCCGAUGAAACGGUAUUAUAUUGGAGAUGUAUACCAAAAGGUGUUUUGACCAGAGAGGACAAAGAAGGAUUUGAACGAUCUAGGGAAAUAAUUACUAUUUUAGGAUGCUCAAACGCAGCAGGAACCCACAGAUGUAAACCACUAGUUGUAGGGAAAAGUAAAUGUUCAAAGGCGUUGAAAGACACAAAAGAAUACCCAAUAAUAUACCGUACAAAUAAAAACGGCAACAUUACCACUGCCAUUACUUUAGAAUGGUUAGAAAAAUAUUUUGUGCCAGAAGCCAGAGCCCACUGCACAUCCGUAGGGCUACCAGAAGACUGCAAAAUUCUUCUCAUUUUGGAUAACUGCUCGACUCACCCUAAGGCUGAACUAAGUCAAAAGAAUGUUUUUACUUUGUAUUUACCACCAAACUGUGCAUCGCAUAUCCAGCCACAAGAGCAAGGAAUACUUGACUGUCUGAAAACAGAGUACCGCUUACUUUUCAUGAGACAUAUAUUAGAUGUAGUAAAUACUGGUAUGCCUUUAGAGAAAUUUAUGGCAGAAUUUAAAAUAGAUGACCUGCUUUAUUAUAUUGCUAACGCUUGGCAGAACCUAACAACAUCAAUACUAAAGGCUGGCUGGCAUAAGUUAUGGCCUAAGUUGAUGCAUGAUAAUCCAAUUGAAGAAAAGUUUGGAUAUAACUGGACAGGAUUUCAUUUACAAAAGGAAAAAGAAGUUGUCGAUGAGUUGCUGGAUUAUGCUGAGAAUAUUACUGGAGAUGAUGCGAAAUGCCUAGCAGAUAAACUUAAUAACGAAAACCUGUCUGAAUGGUUAAGUAUCGACGAAAUAUCACCUAUUGUCUAUCACAAUGCUGGUCCCGAUGUUGUAGGUGUUUCUCUGAUUUCUGGCAGCAACAGCGGUGUUGAAGAAUGCAAAGAUAAAAAUGAAAUUGAUGAAAGAUUUAGUAUUGAGAAGAUAAUUGACUUGUUGGCUGAAGUAAUUACAGGGUUAGAACAACGUAACUUUAUGAGUAAACAAGAGCUAAUGAGUCUAUAUUUGAUAUAUGAAAAGCUACAUGUGGAAAAAUCAAAGCAAUUGUAA